AUGGAAAACGGUCUAUAUUGGCGUUUUAAAAAUGACGAUAUUACAUUUGAUUUAAAAAAAUAUAUCAAUUCGAAUGAUUUAGAUAGCAUAUUAAAUUAUGAAGGUUUAAUUCAGGAAAUCAAAUCAGAAAAUAUAGAAUUGUUGAAUUUCUUAAUAAAAGAAGAAAAUUUAAAAAAAAUUUUAAGUUAUAUUAUUGAAGAACCAAAUGAUAAAGAUAACUAUGAUAAAUCAUAUAAGUUUCCUUAUAAAAGUCAUCAAAUAAUAAGUUCAGAAAAUAAAUUAAUUACUGAUUCAAUUGUAUAUAAUGAUAAAUUAAUGAAAUAUUUUUGGAAAUUUAUACUGAAUAAAAAUCAAUUAAAUGAAGUUUUAGCAGGAUAUUUUAGUAGAUGUGCUAUAGCUAUUUAUAAUAAGAAUACGAAAGAUGUGGUUCAUUUUUUAAAAAAAAAAAGAGAAUUAUAUUUAAAAGCAUUUUUAUAUCAUUUUUAUUCUAGAAAUAUAACAGAAUUAUUCAAAGUUCUUUUGUUUGUUAAAGUCCCAUAUUUAUGUAUUUUUGAUAAUAAAGAUAUUAUAUAUUUAAUUUUAAGCAAUUUAGAUGGAAAUUUUUGUGAUCAUAUUUAUAUUCCUUGUGAUCGAGAAGAUAAUAUAACAUGUCUAAUUAGAGAUAUAUUUGUUAGAAAAGCUGAAAUCUAUUAUUUUAAUUAUUUUUUAAUAGAUUUAGCAUCACAACUAUCUUUUUCUUAUUUAAUCAAAUGUGUUUUUUCAGAAUGUCCAUAUACCAUUUCAGCAGCUAUUACUAUUAUCUCUGAUUUAUUACAUUAUACUGUUUUAGCAAAAACUUAUAACAAUAUUGAUUUUUAUGAAUGUAUGGAAAUAUAUAAUAAAGAAGAAAAAUUAAAAAAAAACAAAAUUAAAGAGAUAGAAAAAUUUAAAAAAAAAAAGAAAAGAAAAUCUAAUAAAAUGAUAGAAAAUCAAACAUUAAGUAACAACAACAGCAGUUGUUUACAAGAAGAAGGUUAUGAUAAUAAUGAAUAUGAAAAACAGAAUAUUUCUAAUGAUGUUAUUAAUAAUAUUACAAAUUUAGAAAAAUAUCAAAAAGAAAAAAGAGAAAUAGAAAAAAACGAAAUAGAAAAAGAAGAUAUUAAUAAAGAAAAACAACUAGAUAAUUUAAAUAAAAAAAUAAAAGAAGAAAAUGAUGAAAUGAAUAUUAUAAAUGAAGAAAAAGAAGAUGAAGAGAAAAAAAAUAAUGUAGAGGAUAACGAAAUAAUAAUAAAGGAAGAAAAAGAAUUAGAAUUUAAGAAAAAUUGUGAGUUAAAUAAUGUAUUCACUAAUAAUAAUAUAGAUACCAAUUAUUUUUCAUCAAUUAAUAAAGAAAAUAGUUUAAGUGAUGAAAAUUGCAACAAAGAAUAUUAUAAAGACAUUAUUAAGAAAGAAAAUCAAAAAGAAGAUUUUUAUUAUAAUCAGAAUAAAAAUAUGGAUGAAAAAGAAAUUAAAAAAAAUAAUAAUUUUAUUGAUGAUCAUAUAUUAAAUGAAUAUAAUAGUGAUUGUAACAAUGUUAAUAAAAUAUAUAACUGUAAUAAAAUUAACAUCGAUAAUAAUACAAAUAACAAUAAUGAUAAUACUAAUAAUAAUUAUAAUGAUAAUGAUAAUGAUAAUGAUAAUAAUAAUGAUAAUGAUAAUAAUAAUUAUAAUGAUAAUGAUAAUAUUAAUACCACAACUUCUAAUAAUAAUAAUGAUAAUAUUAAUAUCACUACUUCUAAUAAUAAUAAUGAUAAUAUUAAUAUCACUACUUCUAAUAAUAAUAAUGAUAAUAUUAAUACCACUACUGCUAAUAAUAAUUAUAAUUCUGUUGAGAAUAUAUCAAAUUUAAGUAAUGAAAAAUUAUUAAAUGAAAAAAAGAAUCUCUAUGAAAAUGAUAUGAUAAAUGAAACCACUUCUAAUUUCUUUAAUACUCAUAAUGAUCAAAAAAAUAAUACAAUAAACAGUGAAAAAAAUAAAGUUGAAAAUAUUUAUGAUAUAAAUGAUUCUCAUAAUAUAAAUGGUUGUAUUUAUAAAGAAAAAAGAAAUGAAUAUUUUGAUAGUGACAACUAUGAUUCAUAUAGCUCAGAAGCAUCUUCAGAAGAAGAUGAUAGUUUAGAACAUUUAACAAAAAUAAAAUUUGAAGAAGUAUUAAAUAAAAUGAAAAAAAUUGCCAGUAAUAAAAUUAAUAAAAAAGAUGGAAUUAUACAAGAAGAAAAAAGUAAGGAUAUAUUUAGUUUGUCAAAAAAUUCAAAUAUUCUUAAUGAGAAUAAUAAAGAAGACACAUUUCAUAUAUUUCAAAAAGAAGAGGGAGAUGCUAAUAUUCCAUUAGAAAAGUGGAUAGAAUAUUUAGAAAAUAGCACAUUUAUUGACAUAUGUUUUUUUAGUUAUAUAAAAGAUAUUAUGAAGUUAUAUAUUAAAAAUAUAAAUAAAAAUAAAAAUAAAAACAUACUUGGAUUUACUACAUUAGAAAUUAUUCAAUUAAUUAAAACUUUGAUAAAAACUAAAUCAAAAAAUAUAUUAACAGAAAUAAUAGAUGAAGGUUUUUUUGAUAUAUCUAUUGAUAUUUUUUUUAAAUACAAAUGGAAUAAUUUAUUACAUAUAUCUGUGUGUGAUUUAUUACAAACUAUUAUAUUUAAAGAAAACGAAUAUUCAUACUUAUUAUACUAUAUAUUAGCUUUAACCACUUUUUUGCCAAAAUGUUUAAGAUAUUUUGAUGCAGUGAGAAGAUGUAGGAAUAUUAAAAAUAAAAAAAAAAAAAAAAAAUUUGAAAGCUUAAUUGAUUGUGGAUAUAAAGCACAUCUAUUACACAUAUGUCAAAUUUUAAGUAAUAAAUCGCUAGAAAUUAAAUGGUUAUCUAAUUUUUUAGUAACUGUAUCAGGUUGGAAUGAUAUAAUAAUAGAUGAAUUGAAUCAUUAUUCAUUAUACUUUAAUGAUGUAAAUUAUAGUGAUGAAAAAAAAACAGAAGAAGUUGAUCAAAACGAAAUAAGUAAUAUGUGCAAUGAUAAUAAAAAAGAUUUAGAAAACAAUGAUAAUUUCUCUGGAUACUCUAAUGUAAUAGAUAUAUUAUUUAAUGAAAAUAAAAAUGAUUAUACAAAGUAUGAAAAUGAUUACCAGAAAAAUAAUUCAGAUUAUUCUCUAAGUUCCAAUUGUAAUUUUAAUAAUAUGAACUCUGAUAAUUUAUAUAAUAAUGUUAAAGAUAGUUAUACUUGUGAAAAUAAUAAUGAACAUGAUGGUUAUAAUUUAAAUAAUUAUAAAAAUGAUUAUGAUGAUAAGUUUGACAACUAUGAUGAAUCAAAUGAUAAUCCUAAUAAUAAAAAUAUUCAUUUUUCUGAUAACAGUAAUAACUAUUUAUAUGAUAUAAAUAGUAAAAUAGAUAAUAAUUCAGAUAAUAUAAAAAAUAAUGAUAAUAAUAAUAAUUCUUUUAAUAAUUAA